CCGGCCAGAGCUCUUGCCGUUUGCCGACGCCCGCUUCCGCCCACACAGCAGCAGCUCAACUGCCUACGAUGUACCCGCCUGCCGGGUUCAACACCCCUCUGGACCGCCGGUCAGACAGCCACUCCGUCCCCCUGGCAUACUAUGCGCACCGCAAGCCUGCUGAAGAUCCGAAUCAGGCCUAUUUGACCAUGCUGCAGAUGCAGCAGCACCAAUACCAGCAGCAGGCCAAGCAUGCGCAGUCAUCGCCGGCCAUGGGCUUCACCGGUGGGCCAGCCUAUGCCCCGAAUGUCAGCGCCAUCCCCACGGUCGGAUACUCUCACAUCCAGGCCAUCCCCCCGCCGCAUCAUGCGCAGAUGGGACCACCGGCCGGGCAAAUGUACCCGCCCAUGAAUCCGGUGACAGCUGCCGCAGCGGCGGCCGCGGCGGCCGCCGCGGCCGCCGCCUACAGCAUGCAUGCUCCGCCGCCUGGUGGUGCCCCCCCGGGCGCCCCCGCUGGCGCUCGGCCAGUGACUCUUUCUCGUGUUUCUACUUCUUCCACCAUGGAAGGGCCAGCCAUGGCUCCCCCCGGGCACCAUGGAGUAAGUCGUUCCUCGGCUGGCCAGGAGCACGCCUCAGCCGCGUAUCAUGCCAAUGCCGUCCACCGGUCCUCCCUGGGCCACGAGGCCGAGUCCGCCCUCCUCCGUGCCUUUGCUUCCAGUGAUGCCGAUCGUAACGGUCAAAUAUCGACCGAGGAGCUGCAAGCCUCCCUCGGACUCCUGGGCCCGGCCAUCCCUGGCGCGCCGCCACUUUCACACCAAACCUGCCGGCUGAUGAUCCGCCUGUAUGAUCUCGAACGGACAGGAACCAUCAACUUCGGCGAGUUCUCCGCCCUUUGGCGGCAUGUGCGCGACUGGAGUCAUGAGUUCCAGAAAUACGACCACGACCGGUCAUUCUGCAUCGACCGCGAGGACCUGAGCUCCGCCUUGCAGGGGCUCGGUUACACCCUGAGCCAGGCCUUCGUGCGGAUGGUCGUUUCGCGCUAUGACACCGCCUGCGCACAGACCGUCUCCCUGGACAACUUCAUUCAGAUCUGCCUCAUCAUUCAGCGGUUGACCAAUGAGUUCCGCAAGUUCGACACCAAGAAGAAUGGCUGGGCAAACUUCCCAUACGAGCAGUUUCUGUGGGUCUUCUUCGACAUGCUGGGCUGAUGGCGGCACCCUGGCGUCCGACGCGCCUUCCCUUGUCCUUCUUGCCGUCGUCGCUGUGUUAUGCCCGCUGCCGCCUCCCCCCCCCAUUCCUUCUCCACCUGUCCAUCUGGGCCCGCCGGUCGGGCUUUGGCGCUUCAUCGCAUCACGUCAAUGGGUGCCUGGGUGUGGAUACGCACAUGCACACGCCCAUGCGCGGCUACAUGGUCCUUCUCCUUUCCUUCCGGAUGUAUAUGUGUCUCUGGACAUUCGGCAGAGAGAGGGACAGAGAAAGGGACAUGAUAGCGCCGAAUGGAGGAAAUUCGAACAGCCAUGCUCCCUGAAGCAUGGCCUCAUCCCUUCGCCCGUGCAGUCUGUGCCGGAGAUGCCUCAUAACUUGCAUCUGGGCACGGACGUGUGGGGUCGAUUAGCCCGUGGUGUUUCUCUUCGCGCCUGCCUCCCCCCCCCCACCCCCCCUCUGCCGCACAUGCGGGCUCCUCUACACAUCCUCCUCCCCCUUCCCCCCCCUUUCCCUUGCCUCGCUCAAGCUGUACUUUUAUUGCGGCUCUGGCGCGCGCGUGGCCCCCGGCCACUGUUGCGAUCGUCAUGUCCCGCCCCUUCUCUUCGAGCUCUGGCCCCCCCCCCCUCCCUCCUGGUCUUGCGCGCGUGCCCUGCCGCGCACAGGUGCCCAUCCCUCCCCCACCUCCAUGUUCCUCGUGUUUAGAUCCAUGUAAUACACACGAGAUGCCAACGCACAUUGAGCCCCGC